UAAAUUCAGCACGCUCCUCGAGCUUCCUGGCACGUCCUCUCGUUCGAACGAGCACGGGCAUCGGUCAGGAAGCAGUCCUAGCGCAAGUUGAAGCUGCAGCUGUUCCAGUUUUUCGUCCAGUACCGAUUUAUCUCGGCUCAUUCUGUAGGCAUGACUUACUACGAUCCAGCACCUUACCAAUCGGCCUCAGCAUAUGGCCAGCCGGCGUAUGGCGAAACGCCAUACGGUCAAGCGCCAUACAGCCAGGGGCCGUACGGACAAACGCCAUACGACCAGACGGCGUACGGCCAGACGGCGUAUGGUCAAACGGCGUACGAAUCGACGACGUCCAGCACGUACGGACAGACAGCUACCGCCAAAGACGAGAAGAACGACGACCGGAGCUUCGCCGCGGCGGCAACAGCGGUGUGCGCCACGAUCGUCUUCCUCAUAUCAGUGUGCGCACUGAUCGUGCUCUUCGCUUUCAAAUCCGAUUCUUCCUAUACGACCGAGACGGGCGAUACCGCGGCUUUCGGCACCAACGUCAAGCAAGGCAGCGACGUCGUGGUAGUGGUGAAAACAGUCAACACACCAGCGACGACUGCGGCUACCACUGAGACGCCUACUGCGUCAACAGCCGCACCCGCAGAAAAGAUUGACGACCGGCCCCUGGUGUGCACUAUGGGCGCGAGGCUCAAGUCGACGCAGAUGUUCCCGCCGGAUGGUUUGUGCGAGUACAUCUUCUUCGACUCGCUGCACAAGGGCGGCCGCAACCGCCUGGACGUGCCCGAACGCUUCGAUACCAACUUGCAAACCUUCCUCGGCGCAGCCCAAAUGCACCAAAUCACGGCGUUCGGAAUCGGCAUUUCCUACGAUGUUUCCCAGUCGGUGGAGGCCUUCCUAAACAACAAGAUUGGGAGCUUCAAACCACUGAAACCCUUCUGGGAUCACUCUAUCUACCACCUCGGUAUCCUGGACACCGCUACCGUGGACCCGUGGGAAAUUGACGUAAUACAUGCCCUGGGGUGCCUCAAGCUCCUGCGUGACCAUUACUCCCAGGAAAUCAUCGCCAAGGGCAUCAAGAUCUUCACGUUUUUUGCAGCAAGUGCUCCAAACCACACCUGGGUUAGCUUCUACAUGAAUAAAUUCACGAACUUGUUUGCGCCGGACGUGUUCAUCGGUCUGGGCCACUACCCGCGUGGAGACAACACCUUGCCCGGUUGUUUCGUCGUACCACCGACGCUGCUGCGCAGACCUCGGGAAAUCAGGAACAACUACCAGCACGAUUUGACGUCGGCGCUCGUGAGUUUCUUCAGUCUGUCGUUGUCAACUCUGACCCUGAAGUAUGCGCUGUCGGUGACCAUGAAGGGUCGUUUGGCGGUCCCUGAGGUUCCGGCCCAGUACGGUUUCUUCACGCCGUGCAUUACCAACCAGAGCAUUGAUUCGUUCGCCAGCGUCGCCGACGUGUGCAAGAAUCCGAACUUCAGGUCGACACCGACUUACGAACCUAUCGUGGACGCAACGCAAAUUCGCCACGUCACCGGGGCCACAGUGUUCUCUUACGACGACCGAGGAGGACUGUGCAAGAAGCUCUGCAACGUCCAAGCAGUGAAUCCCUUCGUGAAAUUCGGCAUCGCCGUUUUCGACCUCGACUACGCGGACUUUGCGAACACCUGUGGAUCGAAGGACGGGCCAUUCUCAAGACUGCACCUGCUCCGCAGCGUGCUCAACUUUUUUCGGACCAGACUUUCAAACUAGGCGAAUAGCUCUUGCUGUGCGCCGCAGCGUAUAUGUGCCGCAUGCAUGCAAGGCGCGCGGCCGGCCAAGACUCGGCGGACGACGCCUUCCCGAACUCACCCUCAUCGUACGGCGAUAGCCCGCCGUCUAUCAGCUCGUAGCCUUGGCCGUAACCCAUUGGUUCGUUGUAAACGAAUUCUUCGUACUGCAUGCUGGUAAUGAAACUAGUCCCCUGAAUCCGCAAAGAAAA